AUGGAGACUGCAAACCAUACAACAGUGACAGAGUUCAUUAUUUUGGGAUUAACAGAUAAUCCCGCACUAUGUGCCAUCUUCUUUGAGAUUUUUCUAAGAGUUUAUAUAGUUACCGUAGUGGGAAAUAUCAGCAUAAUCAUCUUAAUCCGAAGUAGCCCACAGCUUCCCAUGCCUAUGUACCUUUUCCUCAGCCAUUUGGCCUUUGUAGACAUUGGGUAUGCCACAUCAGUCACACCAAUCAUGCUGAUGAGUUUCUUAAGAGAGAGAACUGCCAUCCCAGUCACUGGCUGUAUAGCUCAGCUUGGCUCUGAUGUCACCUUUGGGACUACAGAGUGCUUCCUGCUGGCCACCAUUGCCUACAAUCACUAUGGGUCCAUCUGCUCUCCCCUGCUCUACUCCAUCCACACGUCCCCAGUGGUCUGCUUCUUCCUGUUGGAGGCCUCCUACUUGGGUGGAUGCGUAAAUGUUUCUUCAUUUACAGACUGUUUGAUGAAUCUCUCCUUCUGAGGACCAAAUAAAACGAACCAUUUUUUCUGUGACCUCUUCCCACUCUUGAAGCUUUCUUUCGGCCAUGUUUCGAUUGCUGAAAUAUCUCCUGCCAUCUCUUCUGCAUCAGUCCUCAUAAGCACACUAUUUACCAUAAUCGUGUCCUACAGCUACAUCCUCCACUCAAUCCUGAAGAUGCACUCUACUGAGGGGAGGAAGAAGGCCUUCUCUACCUGCAUUUCCCACCUCACUGCAGUCACUUUGUUUUACGGGACAGUUUUGUUUGUUUACGUAAUGCCCUAAUCGAGCUAUUCAGCUGAUCAGGUCAAAGUGGCAUCUGUAAUCUACAUAGUGGUGGUCCCCAUGCUGAACCCCCAUCUGAGGAACAAGGAGGUGAAAGAGGCUAUGAGAAAACUAAUGUCUAGAGCACAUUGGUUUUCCUGA